AUGGCAGACGAAGGCGAAGAACAACCGUCCUUGCCUACUCCCUCGGUCUCGGAUGAUCCCGGUCACGAUGAGUCGCCGCCAUCAAGUCCGUCGUUUGCCCCGGUAGGGCGACCGAUGGUCAAGAAGCGCUUCCGGCCAUCCUCGACGGGAUUAUUUGCAACGGCCGCUGCGGCCGUGGUGGUAGCCUGGGUGGUCAAAUAUUUGUUUUCAGGGGGACUUGCGCAUUUGACAAAGAAGCGCGUCGCUAUUUCUGCCGUUAUCCUCAUUGCAGUCGCAUCUGUGUCGCAUGCCUACCUUCGGCAACAGUGGUUGCGUUAUUUGAGGAAUCAAGCGCUGAACGAGGUGACGAUCUUUGUGUCGAGGUCCCAGGAGUUCGACAGCGCGUCGAGUGCUGCCAUCUCGCUCAUCCAGGAGGUGGAGCUUGUUUCUCGGGGUUACAGGAUAAGCGCUCCUUUGCCACCCAUUAGUCGUAUCGAGGACAGGUCUCAGUCGCGCCGUUGCAGCAGGCUGCGGAAGGCGCUGAAGGGACAAAUGUCGGAAAUGAUUGAGAACUACAUGCAGGUCACGACAGCAGUUAAAGGAUUUGCUGAGCAAAUGGACCUGGAAAAGUACCAUGAUAUCUACGAUAUCAGCGAUUUCGACAUCUCAGAUGCCAUGCAGGGCUUUACGGAAAAGGAGUUCGAAGACAUGGAGUCGUUGCGCUCACUUAAAAUCGCGGCCGCUCGCUUCCAUACCAUCCGCAAGAUUCUGCUUUGCUCCUUGCUUGCUUUUGAGGCUUCGGGAGACAACAAUGACUACCUGCGCUGGUCGACAGCUGUCGAGGGACUGAAGACGCUGAAUGAGCUCACCCUUCAGAGCUUCGAGAGGUUACGACAACUUCUUGCUGAUGAAGAGACAUUCCCCACGAUCCCAGAAACAAAACUGCCACUAUCCCCGGCUCGCGAAAAACGCCGAUCACAGUUCAUGAAGCUCAACUCUCUGUCCACAGGCAUCCGGGGCCUACAGGCCAAACUUGCGCUGCUGCGCGAAGAGGCAGAAAAGACGCUCAACGAAGCAGACGAUGUCAACGAUGUUUCAGAGCUUGGACAGGCUCUCAUGGCGCAAUAUGAGUCGAUUGGCCAGGAUUUGAAAAUGCUCACCCAAGCAUGGGAGGAGGGCAAAGCAGCUCUGGCCUCGGGCAUUGACAAACAUGAGAAGCGGAUAUCAUCCAUUAGCAGCCUGCUUUCCCCUGCAAGCUCCCUCAGCGGUCUCACCGCUAUCGAGGAGACACCCGGUGGCGGUGCGGCCGAGGCCUUCAAAGCCCUGACCGGCGAGUCGCCGCGUAGCUCAUGCUUCGGCAGCACCAAGGGCGACUCUGACGAGGCUGAAGUGUACGAGGCCGUCUCGCUGCCGUCACGGCCGCGCAGCCUGCUCACAAGGGAAGAGCGCAUCGCCAAGAUGAAAGAAGAGCGGGAGCAAAGAGAGCUUGCCCAUGAGAGGGCCGAAGCUAACCGUGGUAUGCUCCGGGAGCUUGAAAUGGUCAUCAACCUCCGACCCAAGCGGGCGACCAUGCCGGCAUCUUCGCGCAUCUCGUUAUGA